CAAGACACUGAUGUGCUGUCACUCCUGACUCGCAUAGUAUUCUUUGUUCGACUCGUUUUGUGUGACGUUGAAACGAGAAGUUUAAUAUUUUUUUUUGCUACAGAAGUUUUAUAAAAAUUGUUAAAAUAAAAAACGAAUAAAGCGGUAGAGUUAUGAAUCCAAAGGAAAAUGUGUGUACUUCCAUCGACCCUGAAAUUUUAAGUAAGGCCAAGAAAGAGAUAGGCGAAGACGAUGAGAGAAUAGAUGCCACAUUGAAAAUCAUCAAAGAGUGGCUUAAGAAACAGCCUCAUUUAUCAUGUUCCCCAGAUGACAGGUUUUUCCUUAUGUAUGCUAGAGGUUGCAAGUAUAGCAUUGAGAAAAUAAAACGUAAAAUUGAUUUGUGCCUUACUAUGAGAGCAUUACUGCCAGAAAUCUUCAGCGGAUGGGAUGUUUUGAAUUCGAAUAUUCAAAAUGCUCUUAAAUAUGGCAUUAUGUUACCCUUACCUGGGUAUGAUCGCCUCGGACGUAAAGUAUUCGUUUACCGAAUGGGAUGCUUUCCACCUGAAAAAGUUAAGGUUGAGGAUUUAGAGAAAGCAUCGGGGAUGGUUGCCGAAGUUUUAGCCUAUGAAGAACCUGUGAUAUUUAUAACCGGCGUAGUAGUUAUUGUUGAUUUUGAAGGCUAUUCUUUAAGCCACCUCACCCAUAGACCGUUGUCGUUCAUGAAGAAGCAGGCAAAAUACUUCCAGGACGCAGGACCAGCAAGCCCCAAAUCUAUAAACUUUAUCAGAACUCCAACCGCAUUUAAUGCUGUCUACAAUCUAGUGAUGGGUAUUCUAAAUGACAAAAUGAAGCAAAGGUUAAAAGUACAUGGAUCCGAUUUUGAAUCUUUGUAUAAGGAAGUUCCAAAAGCUAUUCUUCCAUCGGAUUACGGAGGCGAAGGACCGUCAACUGCUCAAUUAACAGAUUUCUGGAAGAAAAAAGUAGAAGAUAAUCGGGAUUUUUUACUUCAACAGCAAAACUAUUUGGCAGAUGAAUCAAAGCGUUUUGGAAAGCCGAAAACAACAGAAGAACUUUUCGGUAUUGAGGGGUCAUUCCGGAAACUCGCUGUUGACUGAAGCCCUUUUGUUGUUUUUCAACACGUUUAAAUUUAACAAUGUGGAUUACUAGAUUUCUAUAGGGCUCUUCGGGAUCUGUUUUCUUUUGCCUUUUUAUCUGGCAACGCAGAAUGGCUGGACAUUUUUUAGCGCGAGAACGAGGAGAAGAGGGAGAAUGGGACGAAUGGGGGAGAAGAGAAAACGUGGGUCCCCUUUUUUUCGUACGCCCUCCUCCCUCCC